AUGGCAGCCGCGGAUGGUGCGCGGGCUAGCAACCCGCCCGAUCCGUCGGCAUUUGCAAGGCGACUUGCAGAUCCCAAUGCAGAUCUGCGGUCGAAAGCGACGGUCGUCGCAGAGAUCAAAGAAAUGAUCGAGGUGUUUGUCAACGUAGACUACACCAGUUUUCUGAAUGCAGUCCUUCCGGUGCAAAUGGACUUGCUAGAAAGCACGCCCUGUGCGUUCAUGUCGGAUGCGCCUGAGCAGCGCUUACGACAUGGCAUUAUUGAAACUAUAUACCGCUAUCCUCAGCACGAAGCGGCGAAGCCACAUGCCGAGCGCCUCAUGCAGGUCAUGUUGCGUGCAGUGAAGGAGGACAAUGAAGACAACGCUACGAUUGCAUUCAAGGUCAUUAUUGAUCUGCAUCGCUCGUUCAAGUCUGUUCUUCAGAGCCAAGUACAGCCGUUUUUGGAAUUGGUGCAGCAGCUGUACCUGAACAUGCGCUCAGCUGUAGCGGAGGCGUUCGGCACCGAACAGUCGCCCGGCCAGGCUGCGUCUGUGGCGCCUAGCGGCGAGAACGAUGCCUUGCUGGCCUUGUCGGAGGGCCAGGAAGCGUCGCAGGCUGCACCACGCACAUUGCUCAAGAGCUCGCAGAGCUUCAAAGUGCUGACAGAGUGUCCCAUUGCGAUUGUGCUCAUUUUCCAGACGUACCGGAAUGUUGUGAGCUCGUCGAUCAACGUAUUUGUGCCGCUGAUCUUUGAGCAUUGCCUGACGUUGCAAGCGCUGCCGCAGCAGCAAGCGCAUGAGGCCGCACGGCAACGUGGCCAAAUCUUUGUCGGUGUAGCGCCUGGCAUCAAAAACCGCGCGUUGUUUGGCGAGAUGGUCACGACGCAGGUCAAGACCAUGUCUUUCCUGGCCUAUGUCCUGCGUGGGUCGGCGCCGAUUGUGCGCCAAUACGUGCAUUUGCUCCCCGAGGUCAAUGUGCGUUUGCUGAAAGACUGCCCACCGGAAAACGCAAUUACACGCAAGGAGCUGUUGGUGGCUACGCGGCAUAUUCUCUCGACCGAGUUCCGUGAGCACUUUGUGAGCCAAAUUGAUACGUUGCUGGACGAGCGCGUGUUGCUGGGCACAGGUGUUACGACACGUGAACUGCAGCGGCCAUUAGUGGUGAGUAUGAUGGCCGAUUUGAUGCAUCAUGUACGUCAAGAGCUCACGACGGAUCAAAUUGUGAAAGUCAUCAACGUGCACGCACAGCUUCUGCAUGAGCCGACACUGGCGCCGAGUAUUCAGACGAUGUGUGUGAAGCUGUUGCUGAAUUUGGUCGAGACCAUUGUGCUAAAGCAUGCUGAUCGAUCAGUGGCGAUGCUGCAAGGCAUCUUCCAUACGUUCUUGGACAAGCUACCGGAGCUGCAUGACCUGGGCAAGGAUGUGCGUCAGUUGCGGGGUCCCUCCAAGAGCGAGAAUGAGGAGGAGGAUAUGCUGGUAGGCGAUGCCACCGACGAUGAGGCACGCCGCGAAGCUGUACUGAUUGAGCAGGCCAAGCCGAUUCAGUCGUCUGUCGCCGUGCUGGAACACGUAGCGGAUCCGAUGAAGAAUGCGCGCUUCCUCUACCGCAACUUGCUCUUUGGCUUCAAGACACUGAUUUCCGUGUUUAAGCAUCGCGGUAUUCCGGAGCCUGACGGCGAAGUGAUGGGCCGUUUGUUUGUGGGCGGCGUCAAGUGCUGUCUGUUGCAGACGCAGCGCGAUGGUCGGGAAGAGAAGGAUAUGAGCGACUUGUUCACCAAUAUCUUUAUCGACCUGCCCCCCGAGACGUUCCAUGAGGUGUUUUCGACGCACAUGCCGUUCCUGUUCGACCAGAUUCUGCAGGCGCCAGCGCUGCUCGGCAUCCCGCAGAAUCUGCUGUCGAACGAUGCCGUGUCGCGUCGGUUCUCUGAAAUUCUGCUUGCGUUCCUUGUGAAGCGGCUAGAGGAUCUGGGCACGAGCGAUAAGAAGCUGGCCUCUGUGAGUCUGCGUCUUUUCAAGAUGGCGUUCAUGGCCGUGACGAUUUUCCCGGAAGAAAACGAGGCGGUACUGCAGCCGCAUCUUACCCACCUCAUUAUGGACUCGAUCAAGUAUGCCUCGAAAGCGGACGAGCCCACCAAUUUCUUCCUGCUACUGCGUGCUCUCUUCCGCAGCAUUGGCGGUGGCCGCUUCGAGUUGCUGUACAAGGAUGUGCUGCCUUUGCUCCCGCUGCUCCUCGAGAAACUCAACUUGCUGCUCGAUGCGGCGGAGCCGAGUGAGCGCGAGCUGUUUGUCGACUUGUGCCUGACAGUGCCUGUGCGACUGAGUGUACUGCUACCGUACCUAGGUCAGCUUAUGCACCCGCUUGUGUUGGCCUUGCAGUCGUCGUCCGAGCUGGUGAGCCAAGGUCUGCGGACGUUGGAGCUGUGUAUUGACAACCUUACGCAGGAAUUCCUCGAUCCUAUUAUGCAGCCGUACAUUCAGGACAUCAUGGCCGCCUUGUGGAAGCAUCUCAAGCCUCUUCCCCACAACCACCAGCACUCACAUACGACCAUGCGCAUCCUCGGCAAGCUGGGCGGCCGAAACCGACGAUUCUUGCAGCAGCUGCCUUCGCUUUCGUACCAUGCCGGCACGACGCCAAGUAUGGCGCUGAUGCUCUCUGGCACGGUAGAUUCCAUGCCGCUGCUGCCUGCGAUGGACUUGGCUCUAGCACAGCUGAGUGAUAGCGACGAGGCGUGCCAUCGUGCUGCGUUUGAUGUGCUUUCGUCCUCGGCGAUGGUUCUGCUUUCUGAUGCAGGCGACCAUGACCGACGCUACGAGCUGCGUCGUGUGACGGUGGGCCUGUUCCGUGCAUCGUCGCAUGCGGAUCUGCAGGCGGAUGUCAAGACGUUCAUGCUUAGCAUGUAUGCGCAUGUCUUGCACGCCGAGAUUACACGUGACGCUGGCCAAAGCGGCGUAUCGCAGCGCCAUUUGCUCCCUACGACGCUGGUCAUGCUCGAAGCGAUGGCGCAUGCCGUCGAUGGCGUCGAUAUGCGUGGCACGCCACCCCACUUGGACAUCGUUCUGGCCAUUGUGCGGCAGUUCCUGGAAGCCUGUGAUACGACGCCGGCCACGCGGCCACGGCUGGGCCAUACCGUGAUGCAUGCGUUGGCCUCGGCGUUCUGCUCGCGCUGCUACGAGCACCAUUGGCACCGCCGCCUCGGUGGCUGGAUCGGCAUCGAUACGUUGGUGCGUCGGGCGGCGCUGGGCACGACGUGGAUCUCUGACCACCAGCUAGAGAUUGUGCGUGCGUUGCUGUACAUGCUCAAGGACAUGCCUAGUGAUCCGCCGAAAGGCAUUGAGCGUAUUAGCGACACGCUGUACUACGUGCUGGAGCAGGCCUACACCGGCAAAGCGCCCAAAGUCGAAGAAGGCGAUACGAGCCGUGCAGCCAAAGUGUACGCCGAGUCGUCGCCGCACCUGCGCUGGCUGGUGGGCAUCUUGAUCCCUGAACUGUCGUGUGCAAGUGAAAUGGCACGGCAGACCACGCAGCGUACGCUCGAGAUGCUGGCUCGUCUGACGGAGUGCACGAUCACCGACUUGCUGCAGCCCCAGCGUGAUCGAUUGUUCAUGCCGAUCUAUACCAAGCCACUACGUGCGCUCCCCUUCGGCAUCCAGAUCGGGCACAUUGAUGCGAUUCGGUACACACUGCAACUGUCGCCGCCGCUUCCCACGUUCAACGAGGAGCUCUUCCGCGUCUUGACGGAAGCCCUGGCGCUGGCCGAUGCCGACGACCAGGCGUUGAUUGGACGUACGACCUUGUACAAAAACGUCAUGGCACUUACGAAGCUGCGUGUCGUAGCGAUUCAGUUGCUGGCGGCCGCCAUGCAGUGCACCGAGUUCCAGGCGCAGGAGCAUGUCGCGAUGCGUAUGCGCAUCAUCUCUGUGUACUUCAAGUGCUUGUACUCCUUGUCGGACGAGGUGGUCAAAGUGGCAUACGACUCCCUGAAAGCGACAUUGGCACAGCAGAGCAAGCUCCCGAAGGAUCUGCUGCGUAGCGGUCUCCAACCCAUCCUCAUGACGCUGGCCGAUCGCAAUCGUUUAACGGCGGCCGGGCUCGAUGGUCUCGCGCACUUGCUGCAGUUGCUGACCAACUACUUCAAGGUGGAGAUCGGUAUCAAGCUCCUGGACCACUUGUCGGCGUUGGCGGACCCUGCCAUGCUGCGCCUUGCUGCUGGUGGGCCUCUGGAUACCAAUGAGCAGCUCAAGACACUCGCAGCGAUUGUGCGUGUGUUCCAUCUGUUGCCUGAUACGGCGUACCAAUUCCUGCCUCGUCUGCCGAUGUACGUGGCCGAGAUUGAGAUGCAUCUGCGACGCACGGGCCCCACGCCGUUCACUGAGAUGCUCGUGCUGUACUUGGACCGCUUUGCGGAGCAUGCUGUGCGCUACUUUUUCGAGGCGGAUAAGAUCACGAAUCCCAAGCUCCUUCGUCUUCUCCGUCUCUCCCUCCUAUCGCCCAAGGGCGCACAGUUGCGUGCGCAAGUCGAUGCGCAAGCAGACGCAUUGCUUCUCCCACUGCUCACGAAUGCGGCGCAGCGCCCGCUUCUGCAGGCGGCUCUCCAGGUGAUCCAGGCCAUGGUCGGUCAUACGCCCACGUGGCUGUGCACGCAUCGUGCCGUGCUCGAACGCCUUGUGUCCGUAUGGCAAUCGCCUGAAGGGCAUACGCAGCGUCGCGCUGAAGCGGACGUCCUCACACUGCAAACGCCUCUCACGCCGUUGUUUGUCGAGCUCUUCCACUCCGUGUUGCGGCAGGAGCCGCACAUCGACUUGUACAUGGCCUUGCUGGACUUGUACACCUAUCGUCAGACACGUGACUUGACACCGGCAACGCGAUUCGUGUACGAACAUUUGUGCCUCCACGGCACGCUGGAGACGAAGCGGGCGAUCCUCCAUCGCGUGGUAGGCCUUUUGGCCGAUGCGCAUGUGGCGCCGGUCCUCAAGACCCAAGCACUGCGAGUGCUAGUCAACCCGAUCCUCGUGGCCUCGUACGCGCUGCCGUCGGCGACCGACGUGGCAAAGGCCGAGGGCGUGUUGGAAGCUUCGUUGCUCGCCAAUGUGGCCAACCUGGUAUGGCGUCAAGUUCAAGGGCCGGGCGUCGGUGCGCAGCUGUUUGUCGACGAUGCGCUACGUGUAGAGUUGCUGCAAAUGAGCACACUCAUGGUCGAGCAUGGGUCCGAUGUCCUGGCAGCGCAAGGCGCGACCAAGCUGGACGCUAUCAAGUUCGGCUGGGCUUUCUUAUCCGCCGACGAUGUCACCGUGAAGCACGCCGCGUACGUGUUUAUCGCACGCUUCCUGCAAAAGUUCGAGAGCCCCUUGAAAAUCGUGGGCCAGGUCUACAUUGGCCUCUUGCGGCUGCCGCCGAGCGAUGGACGUGCCCUGGUCCGCAAGGCGCUGGAGAUUCUUGUGCCGGCGCUGCCAGAGCGUGUCCCAUGCAAGCCGGGCCAGACGCCGUUGUGGGUCAAGUGGACGAAGCGCACCCUGCUGGACGAAGGCCACAAUACGCUGCAACUUUGCACGAUUCUGCAGCUGCUGACGACGUACCCUGACCUGUUCUACGAGAGCCGCGAGAUCUUUGUUCCGCAUAUGGUCACAUCGCUUGCCAAGCUUGGGUUUGCUAGCAGUGCCACGGCGGAUUCAAAGAAGCUUGCCAUUGAUCUCGUGGAUCUGCUGGUGAAAUGGGACUCGGCAGAAGAGGAAGAGGCGCCGCGCAAGCGGAUCAAGACAAGUGCGGACACGAGUGCCGAGGGCAGUACGUACGCCAUGCCCAUUCACCUGCGUGAAAUGACCGCCUCGUUUGUGGCCCGUUUUGUCUCGCUGUCCAUUGAACCGAUGUCGUCGAAUGAAGUGACGCAUCAUGCAUACCAGCUGCUGGAACAGAUCCUCUCGCACCCUGCCUGGCGCGAUGUGCAUGUACGUCUGGCGUUGCUCCAGCGUGCCUUGAUUCAUACCGAGGUGAGCGACCAGCAUAUCGGCCCUAUUUCCAAUGCGCUGGCGACACUGAAUAUGAUCACACAGCACAGGGAUACAGCGUGGUUCACAUCGCAUGUUGCGCAGCUGCACAAGCUGUUGGAAAAGACCCUGGCGAGCGAUCGCGCGAGUCUUCUGGAAGCUGCGAUGCCGACGUUGCAGCGACUUUGCGCGAUCCUUCCUGCUGCGCCGCCAGGAGACGACGAUCCGCCUCUAAGUGAGGACAUUGCACCUCUAUGUACCAUGGCUGAGACGAUCAUUUCCGAAGGACUCAAGUCGGGUACUAGUUUACAGAGCGGCCUCGCUCUGCUCUCUGCAUGGUCACAUGCGCAUCCUACGUGUAUUGAUCGGUAUCAGCUCCCGCUGAUCAAGACACUUACGCGUCUUACGAAGGAGCACUUGGGCUCACCGGCGAGUGGAGAGACAACCUUGUCGCUAUUGAAGCAAGUGCUUACACUGCUAUGUGCUCGCAUCUCUCACUUGGGCGACCAGCGUCGCUGGUUCCUUAGCGCGAUUGUACAGCUUGUGGAGAAAUCGUCCAGCGUUGAGCUCUGUCGUUUCUUGCUCACUACGAUGCGGACGUGGAUCCUCGAUGCCCGUGAGCCUUUCCCGACCAUCAAGGAAAAGGCCGGCAUUCUUGUCAAGAUGCUGUGCUUUGAGCAGCGCGAUGCAGCGCUGUUCCAUGAGUUUUUGGACCUGAUCUUGGCGAUUUACAAGGAUUCCAACUUGGCGCGCAGCGAGCUGACGGCGCGUCUCGAGCCGGCCUUCCUGCUUGGUUGUCGUCAUACGGAUCCUCAGGUCCGCCGCAGUUUUAUGGACUUGCUGGACGCCUCGCUUACCAAGUCCAUGCCAGGCCGUGUGCUGCAUCUUUUGGGGCACCAGAACUGGGAGUGCUUGGCCGAGCACUACUGGCUUCAUCAGGUCCUUGACUUGGUCCUCGCCGUCGUGGACGGCACAGCUCUGCUUCUUCCUACGCUCAAAGAGUCGCAUGAGAGUGCGUUCAUGGAGCAGAUGCGCACGGCGCAGCUCCAGCCGUUCCUUACGGCACUGCGUACACUGCAGUACCGCGACGUACACGCGGCCGAUGCCUUGUGGCAAGGGCUCUUCCCUGCGAUUUGGCGCACCACGCCCAAGCGGCAUCAGGUGGAGCUGAAUCGCGCUUUGAUUGGAUGCAUGACGCGUGACUACAUGGUGAAGCAAGCCUCUGCCCGUCCCAAUGUCGUGCAGACCUUGCUGAGCGGCGCGUGGGCUUGCACGCCAUCGCUGGAGCUGCCGCCUCACGUGCUCAAGUACCUUGCCAAGACGUUCCAAGCGUGGCAUGUGGCGAUGGAGCAGUUGCAAGACCAGCUGGGAUCGAUGCGAUCCGAUGAUGCAGUGCGAGAGGCGUCGCAAGAUGCGCUGGCGGAGAUGUAUGCGGAGCUGAGCGAAGCAGACUACUUCUACGGCUUGUGGCGACGUCGCUGCAUGUUCCCUGAGACCAAUGCCGCGCUGGCCUACGAGCAAUGUGGCCGCUUCGCCGAGGCCCAAGUCCUCUACGAGGCAGCACAGGUCAAGGGCCGCUCGUCCGGUCUGCCGCUCACCGAGGCCGAGUACCAUCUGUGGGACGAUCACUGGGUCCUAUCUGCGUUGGAGUUGCAGCAGUGGGACAUUCUCGCGGACUUGGCCAAGCUGGAGCACAACGAAGACCUCGCGCUGGAGUGUGCAUGGCGCUUGUCCGACUGGACGGCGGAGCGCGAGUUUCUGGAGCGUUCGUUGGAGCACUUGCAAGUCAUGAGCACGCCACGCCGCAAGGUCUUUGAGGCGUACCUGUCGCUGCUCAAGUCGCAGGCGGCGCCUGACAAGUCGUCCGAGUUUGGCCGGAUUUGUGAUGAAGCUAUCCAGCUUACCCUGUACAAGUGGUACUCCCUUCCGACGCAAGUGUCCCAAGCGCAUGUGCCUUUGUUGCAGAUCUUCCAGCAAUUUGUCGAGUUGCAGGAGGUGAGCACGGUGUUUGCAUCCUUGGCGCACACCAAUGCGACCAACCUCAAUCAUCGCUCUGCGGAGCUCAAGACGCUCAUGCAGACGUGGCGCGAGCGUUUGCCCAACUUGUGGGACGACAUCAAUGCAUGGAGCGAUCUUGUGGCAUGGCGCCAGCAUGUCUUUUCAAGCGUGAACAAGGCGUACUUGCCGCUGGUACCUCUGAUUCAGCGGAAUGAAGGGCCUGGCUCGUCGACCAAUUCGUACGCCUACCGUGGCUACCAUGAGACGGCCUGGAUCAUCAACCGGUUUGCGCAUGUGGCACGUAAGCAUGGCUUGGAUGACGUGUGCAUUAGCUCGCUCACCAAGAUCUACACAUUGCCGAACAUUGAGAUCCAAGAGGCCUUCCUCAAGCUGCGUGAACAAGCACGUUGCCAUUACAACAAUCCCAACGAACUGACUCAGGGCUUGAAUGUGAUCAACAAUACCAAUCUCAUGUUCUUUGCUGCAGCGCAGAAAGCCGAGUUCUUCUCGCUGAAGGGCAUGUUCCUUAACAAGCUCGGCAUGUCGGAAGAGGCGAACCAAGCGUUUGCUACGGCGAUCCAGAUGGAUCUCAACCUGCCCAAGUCGUGGACGGAGUGGGGUCGGUACAGCGAUGGUCUGUUCCGCGAGAAGCCUACAGCUAUGCACUUGGCAGCGAAUGCCAUCAGCUGCUACUUGCAGGCAGCAGGCUUGUACAAGAAUGCCAAGGCGCGGAAGAUUUUAGUUCGUGUUCUUUGGCUCCUUAGCUGCGACGAUGCGCAAGGCACACUUUGGCAGGCAUGUGACUCGUACAAUGGCGAGACACCCAUCUGGUAUUGGAUCACAUUUAUUCCUCAGCUGAUUCAGCUCCUGUCGCAUGCCCAGGCCAAGUUUGCGCGCAAACUGCUUAUGCAGAUCGCCAAGUCGUUCCCUCAAUCGCUGUACUACUACCUUCGUACGAGCAAAGAGGACUUUGCUAUGAUGAAGCGAAACAGUCAGACGUCGGCAGCGCGUGCUGCAGCACGGGCUCGGUCGCACAACGACGAGAAGGCGAGCGCAGACGCAGGAGAAAAGGCAGAGGAGAGCAGGACUGAAGGGGAGACGGACAAGGGCCACCAGGCGAAUGCUGACUCGGCCAAUGCAUCAUCGAACGAAGCGCAGAAGAAGGAGGAGAGCGGUACAAAGGCCGCCUCGGACACGUCGGCCGCGUCGCGGCAUGCGUCGGAGCAUGUGGAAGAGAUUCUGAACAUUCUCAAGACGGCUUUCCCACUCCUUGCGCUUACGAUGGAAAAUAUGGCUGAGCAGCUGCAGCAGCGUUUCAAGCCCAGCAAUGACGAAGACAUUUACCGUCUGACGAAUGCAUUGCUCAAUGAUGCGCUGCAGCAGUACAUUCAUCGCGCUCCAUUGACGACCGACAAUGGCCAGCUGCCUCACACGUCACAGAUGAAUGUGACGUUGUUUGCCGACAAUUUGCCCCCCGGCCCUCUCAAGACCGCUUUUGAGAGUGACUUUGUCCGAAGCAAGCCCACACUUCGCGAAUACGUGGCUCGCUUGCAGCGCUGGCGUGAUCGAUACGAAGAGUCGCUAGAUAAGCGUCCGCGUCGUCAACAUUUGGAGCACUGCUCGCACUACUUGGUCGAGUUCCAGCACCAAAAGUUUGAUGAAGUGGAGCUUCCUGGGCAGUACUUGACGUUGGAGGACAACAAUGCGAACUUUGUGCGUAUCAAUCGAUUCUUGCCAGAGUACGGCCUGCUACGCUCUAACGGUAUGUGCAACCGCCGUAUCACCAUCCUGAGCAACAAGGGCUCGCUUCAUUCGUUUGCUGUGCAACUCCCCUCCGCACGCUACUGUCGUCGCGAAGAGCGAAUCUUCCAGCUUUUGCGUCUGUUGAACACAGUGCUUGAGCGCAAGAUCCAGACACGGAAGCGUGGCUUGGCGUUCAACGUCCCGAUUGCUGUGCCUGUGUCGCCGCAGCUGCGUCUGCUGACGUAUGACGAAUCGUUCAUUAGCAUGCAGGACAUUUACGAACGUCACUGCAGUGAAAUCGGUAUCGGCAAGGACGACCCCAUCGUCGCCUGGGUGGAAAAGAUGCGAAGCACAUGGGACGGUGGAUCCCAUCGUCGUACGAACGUGGACUUUGCCAACUUGCGCAUGGAGCUGUUGGAGGAGAUUAGCGUGAAAAUGAUUUCUGACAAGAUCCUGACGAACUUCAUGGUGAAGACCAUGGCGUCGCCAUCGGAUCUGUGGCUUAUGCGCAAGCAAUUCACGCUGCAAAUGGCGACGACUAUGUUCCUUACCUACAUCUUGUUUAUCAGUGCCCGCUACCCUGGGCGUAUUCACAUCUCACGCUCCAGUGGCGCAGUAAUCAUGUCAGAUGUGGUUCCCACGUUCAGUCCCCAAGCACCGCACUUUAAAUCGCCCGAUCCCACGCCGUUCCGCUUAAGUCCCAAUAUUCAGCACUUUAUUGGCCCGACAGGGAUUGAGGGCAUUGUAACCAGCUCCUUCAUGGCCCUGGGCUCCGCUUUGACUGCGUCGGAACAUGGCUUGGAAGACUUCCUUGGCAUUUUCGUUCGUGACGAGCUUCAGUUCUGGUUCAGCGGCGUGCAGCACCAAGCGUCGAAGAACCUUGAGCCGAAUGUGGAGUUGGUGAAGCAAAACGUGCUGGAAAUCGUGAAAAGGGCACGACUGAUGUCUUGUAAGUAUGGACAUGACAAGACAUCGUCGACGCCCGUCAAUCAGGCCGUAUUGGACCUGAUCAAUUAUGCUAGCCACCCUAGCAAACUGGCUCUCCAGGAUCCUACCUGGAUGCCAUGGCUGUAG